AUGACAGCGGUAGUGUUAAGAAGGGCAAGAAUACUACACUCCAUCUUGCAGCCGACACUACCAUCCACCGACUUCUCUCGAAACCCAACGCCUUGA